UCUCAUUCUCUCUCGGCUUUGUUUUCUCUUUGAUCGGAUUCCUCUAGUCUAUUUCUAAUCCAUCAUCACCCACCACAGAAAAGAAAAGAAAAAACUUUACUUUAAGAACUUUGAAGAAUAAAAUCAAAAGAGAAUAACAAUGGUUUUCUCCUCCAUCCAAGCUUAUCUUGAUUCAUCCAACUGGCAACAAGCUCCGAACAAUUAUAAUCAAGAUGGUGAAGGAGCCUCGGCACCCGGAGGUCAUGUUCAUCGACCUCAGCUGCAGCAACAACAGCAGCCACAGCCUAAUGGGAGCGGGGGCGGAGGCGGUGGCUCGAUCCGAGCAGGAUCCAUGGUGGACAGAGCCAGACAAGCAAACGUAGCCUUGCCCGAAGCGGCACUGAAAUGUCCAAGAUGCGAAUCCACCAACACCAAGUUCUGCUACUUCAACAACUACAGCCUAACUCAGCCACGCCACUUCUGCAAGACCUGCCGGAGAUACUGGACACGUGGCGGUGCCCUCCGCAACGUCCCUGUCGGCGGUGGCUGCCGAAGAAACAGGCGUUCUAAAAGCAGCAGUAACAAUAACAGCACCGCUACUAGCAACAACACCAGCUUCUCCUCCGGGAAUGCAUCGACCAUCAGCACGAUUCUCUCCUCCCACUAUGGAGGAAACCAAGAGAGUAUCUUAAGCCAGAUUUUGUCUCCCGGGAGGCUAAUGAAUCCUACUUAUAUGCAUCUUGGAGAUCUCACAAAUAAUACAAAAACAGACAACAACAUGAGCUUGCUGAACUAUGGGGGAUUGAGCCAAGACUUGAGGUCAAUCCACAUGGGAACUUCUGGUGGCUCGCUUAUGAGCUGUGUUGAUGAGUGGAGAUCGACGUCUCAUCAUCAUCAGCCGAGUUUGGGUGGUGGAAACUUGGAGGAUUCUUCUAAUCCUAAUCCAUCCUCAAAUGGGUUUUACCCUUUUGAGUCGCCGAGGAUAACUUCAGCAUCGAUCUCUUCUGCUUUGGCAUCGCAGUUUUCUUCGGUUAAAGUUGAAGAUAACCCUUACAAAUGGGUUAAUGUCAAUGGUAAUUGCUCUUCCUGGACUGAUCUUUCUGCUUUUGGCUCUUCUCGUUGAGUUCAACCACACACACACCAAAAAAAAGGAAACUUGAGGGGUAUACUUUGGUGGAAACAAACCUAGUUACGUACUAGUUAGUUGGUUAAUUUUGUCUUAUUUUCAGUUUUUGUUUAGUUAUGUUGUUUACGACUUUCCGCGUUACCGAUCUAUGGCUCUAGCUAGGUAGCUUAAGCUAUUAGAUGUGUUUGAGACUGUUCUUUUGUUAUUUGUCACUGUUCCUUGUUAUCUUUCGAGUUUUACUACCAUCAAAAUGAACUUAAUGUAUUAGAUAGAUCUAUCUAUCGAUCUUAAUUUAAAUUCCGAUGUGUUGGACGAGUUAAUUUAA